CCUCCUCACUUUACAUAGCACCGUCAUCCGACACGGACGUGUCACGAACGCGUGUGUAUGUUUUUCUGUUGAUUCUUUCCAGUUCCGGCAUUUCCUCCCUCUGACAGCAUGGCCCCCAAGCAGAGAAUGCGUUUCGCCAACGAAAAGGCCAGCAAAAACGUCGUCAACCGGGGCAACGUCCCCAAGUCAACGAAACAGCAGAGCGACAGCUCGCCCGUGGGGCCCAUGAUCCUGGCGCUGUUCAUCUUCGUGGUGUGCGGAUCGGCGAUCUUCCAGAUCAUACAGUCCAUCCGUAUGGCGUAGGUUAGCGUUCUUCCAGGCUCAAUAUUCCUUGUACAAUACGUGUUUUGUUGGCGAACGUUUAUUUUGUGUAAAUUUGUCGUGAAAUAUAAGUUUAACUGGAUUUAUCAUGUA